AUGGGAUUUUUCAGCAUCAUCAAGGAAGCCUGUAGAAUUUCAUAUACAUGGAAGAAAAUAUUUUCGUGCAUCGCCAUUGUUGUACUCUUGCCUCUAGCAGCCCUUUACUUAAACGAAAUCCAAAUUAUCAACUUCAUCGAAACCAAUCAAAACAGUGAAAAUGCCAGACGGGUUGCUUUGGGUAUAACCGAGUUCAUCUAUGCGUUGCUUUUGAUAUUUUUUACUCUAUACUCAACCUCCAUCGUCGUUUACACAGUUGCUUGUUUCUAUACUUCUCAAGAUAUUACCUUCAAGAAUGUCAGUAAUGCAUUUAGUAAAGUAUGGGGGAGGCUCAUUGUCACAUCCUUGUGGUACAUACUCAUGAUGGUCAUUUACUUCGGUGUAGCCAUAGGUUUGUUAGUUUUGAUUGAGAGCACGAUGAAAGGUGUUGGGCUAAGUAAAUUAUAUGUAGCUAUUUUUCUAGCAGUAAUUUACUUCGUCGGAUUGGUUUACAUAACUAUCAUUUAUAACACGGCAACGGUAGUUUCCAUUUUGGAAAAUGAUUAUGGUAGAAAAGCGUUUAGAAGAAGUAUGAAAUUGAUCAAGGGUAAGACGUGGGUUUCGUUCUUUAUCUAUCUUGUUCUUGAUUUCGCACUUGCUGGUAUAAUAAUCGUAUAUGCUUUAAUGGUUUAUGGAACAAGAUUGAGUGUAGGAACUAAAGUUGCUAUUGAUGUUUACGGGAACAAACUGAGUUUAGUGGGUAAAGUAUUUGUUGGAAUCGGGUGUUAUUUGUUGAUGGCUAUGGUUCUUCAUUUCUAUUUUGUUAUCCAGGCAGUGAUCUAUUUCAAGUGUAAAUCUCACCACAAUGAGAACAUAUCAGAUGUUGCCCGUCAUUUGGAGGAUUCUUAUGUGCAGUUGGUUAAGGUCGAAAAUGGCGCCGUAGAGCGAGCAUCCAUUUGUAAAUCUGAAGCUGCUAGUAGUGAUAGAUCUAGUAAUGUUCUUAUUGUGUUUGAGCUGUAA